GUGUUGUCAGUCUGGCUACAAUAAGCCCAGGUGACCGCCCGAUAAGCACACCAUGGUUACAUUCAGGACUGUCCGACAGUUGCGAGAUUGCUCGCGUUUGCCCUCCCCUGCUUGGCAAGGCCAUACUUAUCGCCGCCGGGAGUCCGUCCGCUGCUCGAGUCAUGGGGAUAUAAAGAACCGGGCGGUGCACUCUUCAACCCACCCUGACCCGGAGAAGUUGCCUUACGAAGUCAACACCACUGCCAUUGGUCACGACGAGGACUAUCCCGUCCCAACAGAGGAGGAGCUGAGUAGCUUGCGUAAGGUCCCGGCCAACCUCCCUAUUGUGGCCUACUCGCUGUGCUUAGUCGAGUUUGCCGAGCGUGCGUCCUACUACGGUGCUCAGACGGUGUUCUCCAACUUCAUCGAGUUCCCGCUUCCUAAAGGCGGCAAUGGUGCUGGUGCGCCCCCACGGGGAACCCAAGAGACAGCCGGGGCACUGAACAUGGGUCUGCAGGCGAGUGAUGCUUUGGUCCUGCUGUUUCAGUUCCUGGCCUAUGUCAUUCCCAUUCUGGGUGGAUGGUGGGCCGAUGUCUACGUCGGUCGGUACAAGGCCAUCUGCAUUGGUGUGGCGAUUUGCGGUGUCGCACACAUCAUCCAAGUCAUCGGCGCCAUCCCGUCGGUGCUGCAGAAGGGCACCGCGCACUCGGCCCCGCCCUUCAUCAUUGGACUGCUGAUGCUUGCCUUCGGAGCGGGGAUCUUCAAGCCUAACAUCGCGCCCACGGUGUUGGACCAGUUCCGCCAUCAGAAGCAGUAUACCAAGACCCUGAAGUCGGGCGAGAAGGUGAUUGUCGAUCCGGAGAUGACGGCCACUCGCACCAUGUUGAUCUUCUACGGUGUGGUCAACGUCGGAGCCUUCUACAUGCUGGCCACCACCUACGCCGAGAAGUACGUGGGAUACUGGCUUGCCUUCCUUCUGGCGGGUCUCAUUUACUUCCUCUUGCCGAUUGUGCUGGCUCUGGUCUACAAGAAGACCUACCGACUGCCUCCGAGCGGCAACUCCGAGCUGGGCCAAGCCGUCAAGAUCACGGUGACGGCGUUGCGCGAGAACAAGUUCCAGGUUUGGCGCAAGAACUUCUUCAACGCAGCCAAGCCCAGUGUUCUGGCCGCCAAGGGCAUUACCGUGGACUGGUCGGACAAGCUGGUGGACGACGUCCGCCGGACUUUAGUGGCCACGGAGAUCUUCUUCUACUUCCCGAUCUACAACCUCAACGACGGCGGCAUCGGGUCGGUGCUGUCGAACCAAGGCGCCUCGAUGACGACGAACGGCGCGCCCAACGACCUGCUCAGCAACUUCAACUCGUUGACCAUCAUCGUGGCGGUGCCGAUCCUGAACUACCUAGUCUAUCCGUUGCUGCACAGAAACAACAUCCACCCGGGCCGCAUCACGCGCAUCACCUUUGGCUUCUUCCUGGCGACGGUCGGCGCCAUCGCCGGCGCCAUCGUGCAAUACCGCGUCUACAGGACCUCGCCCUGCGGCUACUACGCCUCCUCGUGCGAGACGGGCGUCAGCCCCAUCAGCAUCUGGUGGCAGUUGCCGAACACGAUCCUCAGCGCCCUGUCGGAGACUUUCUGUAACGUGACGGCCUACGAGCUGGCGUACGCGCGCUCGCCGGCCAGCAUGCGCGGGCUGGUCAUGGCCAUCUUCCUGUUCAUGACGGCGCUGAGCAGCGCGCUGGGCGAGAUCCUGGUGCCCGUCACGCAGGACCCGUAUCUGAUCUGGAUCUGGGCCGCGCCGGCCAUCGCGCUGGCCGUGCAGAGCGUGCUGUUCUGGUUCCGGUUCAAGUACUUGAACGACGAUGAGUACAUGAUCGAUGCGGCGGACUAUGAGGAGACGGAAUCGACGAGUCCGGCGUCGCCGGCUGAGAAGGAGAAAGCGAAGGUGAAGAGUGGAUGA